AUGGAGGCCAACCUGUGCCUGCGCGCCUUGCGCAAGCCCCUCACCCCGGCGCAUUCGAGUCAAUUUUUCGCAUUGUACUCUCUUCCAUUGAGAGCUCGCCGCUUCUCGACUCGGAGCUCUGCAACACCUCCAGAGACAACGGACCUGACAACAGACGAUGGCAUCAACCCACCUAGAACGACUCUCCCUCCUCCCCUUGAACUCCCGAUACGGAACCCGACCGAUGGGACCUUUAGCCAUUUAUUCAAGCUCGGCAAGGCGUAUGUUGGCUUCUACAAGACUGGGCUGAAGAACGUGUUCGUAAACCGCAGACUGCUUAAGAACAAGGUCGAAGCCCUGCCUACCGAAGACCGCCCAUCUAUCUUCAAGCCCCACCACAUCCCUCGGGCGUUUUCGAGAUCCGAUUGGAUACUGCUAUGGAGGGUUAGACACGAUAUGGGACGCCUUCCAGUGUUCGCCGUUGUUGUUUUGCUCUUCGAAGAGCUCACGCCGCUGGUCGCGUAUGCUUUCGAGGGUAUCAUGCCCCACACCUGCCGGCUGCCUCAACAUCUUGAAAAGUCUAGAAAGAAAGCCGUAGCUCGGCGCAAGCAUGCUUUCGAGGAGCUCGGAUGGAAGAAUCCCGAUGGAGUCAGCCAGGCUUCUGUCGCACAGGUCCAUAUACUACGCAGUCUAAAUCUGGUCAGCACGCUAUGGGACCGCGUGGGCUUGAUACCACCGGGUCUUUGGCAACUCAGGGGUCGAUCUCAGGUUGCAUUUUUGGAAGUAGAUGAUGCACUGCUUCGCAAGGCUGGCAAGCUCAGCCAGUUGUCAGCGGAAGAGUUGAUGCGGGCGUGCUCUGAGCGCGGUAUUGACCUGGAGCCUUCCCUCGAAGAGGCUGAUGAGCGCAAGAAGGAACAUGAACGGAGGCGCCUUCUUGAGCAGUGGCUUCGACUGACUGACGCACAAGAAUCCGCCGAGCGAAGGCGGAGAAUGGCGGUUCUGUUGACAACUAGACCCGAGAACUGGCCCAAGAAGCCUGACUUCGCUUUGCCUUCAUGGAGCAUCUGA